GUACUCCUCAAACACAUCCUUCAAUUCCAAUUAAGCUCAACAACUCCUAAGUACUUAUGGCCCCACCGGAAGUGCCUAUCCACGACGUGGUUUCGGGUUCCGCCGAGAAGGUUACGACCCAUUACUCCAAGAGAGCCUACGUGACAUUCCUAGCCGGUAAUGGUGACUAUGUUAAGGGAGUGGUGGGAUUAGUAAAGGGCCUACGUAAGGUGAAGAGCGCUUACCCUCUAGUGGUGGCAAUCUUGCCGGACGUGCCAGAGGAACACCGUGAGAUCUUGAGAGCUCAAGGCUGCAUCGUUCGUGAAAUUGAACCCAUCUACCCACCUGAGAACCAAACCCAAUUUGCUCAUGCCUACUAUGUUAUUAACUACUCCAAGCUCCAAAUAUGGAAAUUUGAAGAGUAUAGUAAGAUGGUUUACUUAGAUGCUGAUAUCCAAGUGUUUGAGAAUAUUGAUCAUCUCUUUGAUGCACCGGAGGGGUACUUCUAUGCUGUGAUGGACUGCUUCUGUGAGCCGGCGUGGAGUAAAUCGCCGCAAUACUCCAUUGGGUAUUGCCAGCAAUGCCCGGAUAAGGUAAAUUGGCCUGCAGAGAUGGGUUCACCACCUUCCUUGUACUUCAAUGCUGGGAUGUUCGUGUUUCAGCCUAGCAGGUUAACUUGUGAAUCACUUCUUGAGACUCUGAAAGUCACGACGCCCACCUUAUUUGCAGUGCAAGAUUUCUUGAACAUGUUCUUCCAACACAUGUACAAACCCAUCCCUCUUGUAUACAAUUUGAUUCUAGCCAUGCUCUGGCGCCACCCUGAGAAUGUUGAGAUUGACAAAGUUAAGGUGGUCCACUACUGUGCGGCUGGAUCAAAGCCAUGGAGGUUCACUGGCAAAGAAGCAAACAUGGAUAGAAAGGACAUUAAAAUGUUAGUGGCUAAAUGGUGGGAAGUUUACAAUGAUGAAUCACUGGACUUCAAGCCAGAGAAUCCUGAACUAGAGGGAGAGACCUUCUCUAAGCCAUCUAUUAUGGCUACCAUGCCUAAGCCUGAGAUUUCAUAUAUUCCAGCACCUUCUGCUGCUUAAAAUAGAGAGAGUGGUUUAAUAUAGAGUUUGUGUAAUCCUAUCAUAUCACCUGGUGUCUACUUUGAUUGUCCUUAUGGUGUAGUAAAUAAAUAACACAA